GCUCAUGCGCACUAGAACGUGAGCCGACAGUGCCCAUAACUCUGGUCUCGAGCGUGGACUCCUUCCGUCAUACACACUACUGAAAGUUUCCACCGGAGAGGUUUCGAGCUCUCAAAGAAAAUGUCUGCAGUAAUCCGGAGAAUUAUCAACACUGCUGCUGCACCGGCUGCAAUCGGACCUUACAGCCAGGCCGUGGUGGUGGAUCGCACAAUGUACAUCUCUGGGCAGCUCGGAAUGGACGCGGCAACAGGUCAGUUAGUCACAGGAGGUGUCCAGGCCCAGGCCAAACAGGCCCUUAUUAACAUGGGGGAGAUUCUGAAAGCAGCUGGAUGUGGAUAUGAAAAUGUUGUUAAGACAACCGUGCUCUUGGCAGACAUGAAGGACUUCAACAAUGUCAAUGAUGUUUAUAAGCAAUUCUUCAGCAGUAACUUCCCAGCUCGAGCUGCUUAUCAAGUGGCUGCCUGCCACGAGAUGGCCUUGUUGAGAUUGAGGCAGUCGCUGUGUUGGACCCAUAACAGAUGCGUCCUGACUAACCGCUGCAAACAUGCACAAAUUGUGAAGCUGGAAUCUGACUGAAACUGAGCCUAACACAUCUUUUUAUUUCAUACAGACCAGACGUUUAUUGCUCGUACACAUUAAUUCGGCAAUAUGCUAUCGACUUUAUAUAAGCAGAAUCAGAAUUGCAGUCCAUUUUUUUUCCUAUUUGCACUUUCCAUAAUUUAACCUUGAGUCAUUAUUCUGUAAUACAAAUGUAUCUAUUCCAUUACACAGUAUAAUGCAGCUUUGUAGCUCGAAUUCAGUUUGAUUUACAACACAGUAUUACGGUCAUGCUGAACUAUAAUUUCUUCUGAAUCAACAGUCACCUAGUGAUUUGUAUUUCUUGUUGAUUCUCAAGCUGCAGUGCUAAUACUACUCAGGAAUAAAUAAAUAAAUAAAUAAACUAAUUUGAAA